AUGCCUCGCCAAUUCUUUGUCGGAGGUAACUUCAAGAUGAACGGUGUUGCGGACAGCAUCACCUCCAUCGUGAAGAACCUCAAUGCCGCGCAGCUCGAUCCCUCUACCGAGGUCGUCAUCUCGCCUCCCGCGCUGUACCUCGCCCUGACGCGCAGCUUGGCUGACCCCAAGAUCGGCGUCGCCGCUCAGAACGUCUACGACAAGCCCAACGGUGCUUUCACCGGUGAGAUCAGCGUCGAGCAGCUUCGCGAUACCAAGAUCGACUGGGUUGUCAUCGGCCACAGCGAGCGGAGAGUGAUCCUGAAGGAGACGGACGAGUUCAUCGCCCGCAAGGUCAAGGCCGCCAUUGAGGGCGGCCUCUCGGUCAUCUUCUGCAUCGGAGAGACCCUGGAGGAGCGCGAGGCCAACAAGACUAUCGACGUCGUCACCCGCCAGCUCAAUGCCGCCGCUAAGGAGCUGAGCAAGGAGCAGUGGGAUAAGGUUGUCAUUGCCUACGAGCCUGUCUGGGCCAUUGGCACCGGCAAGGUCGCCACCACCGAGCAGGCCCAGCAGGUCCACGCCGCUAUCCGCAAGUGGCUCGGUGAUGCCAUCUCCGCCCAGGCGGCCGACAGCGUCCGCGUCAUCUACGGCGGCUCCGUCACCGAGAAGAACUGCGGCGAGCUGGCCAAGCAGCCCGAUGUCGAUGGUUUCCUUGUUGGCGGUGCCAGCUUGAAGCCUGCCUUCGUCGACAUUAUUAACGCCCGUAUCUAA